AUGGGCCAGAAUAGUUCUAACACGGUUAGUAGCUCCCAAAGCAGUACACAUUUUGAGUCAGAAAAUGAUUUAUUAUCGUGGUACGACAAAAAAGCGCUGAAACUGGUCAGUACCCCGGAGUUGGUGUCUUAUAAAGGCAAUAUAGACGGCAAGCCUCUGGAUGCGGCGCUGAAUAGAAAAGAGUUGAUGAGGGUGUUGCGUCUUCAAAAUGCAAAUGAGGCGGUGGAAGGGCUCCUUUUCAACUGCGUUCAGACUUUGGCCAACUUCCCUUUAAUAAAGGACUGUUACGAGAACGUCACAUACAUGGGCGUUUUGAAAAGCUGUGUACUGCUAAACAAAAAUCGGUGCUUGGAAUACGUACAGGACAAGCGCUAUAAUCACACGAAGCUCGUGUACAUAUCCCUGGCCUUGAACAAGGCAGUGAAGGAGAUGUCGUCCCUCCCGAACUCCAAUGAUUCUCUGGACGCACCCAAAGUGAUCGCAACCUUCAAUAACGUGGCGGAAGAAGAGCUCGUGGUGCCCGCAGAAACAAUGCUGGAGUUUCUGACUCUGAUGCUCACAAUGUCGAAGGCUACUGUCAUCAAGAACUCGAGGCUGGACGUCAAUAUCAGCGAGAAAUGGGACUCGUUCAAGACUUGUGCAUUGAGCAUACUGCGAACAAUGAACACAGACAUUCUAACUUCACAGGAUGCCUUGAAAAAUGUUAUAUCGUACACACAGUUUCAGAACGUUAUAUCUUCCGUGUGCCCAAAUUUGCUCGUACCCUUAGAAUGCCUCAUGGAGCAUGUUUUGUUCUUGAACAGAGACCUUGUUGAUUUAGAGGCGUCAAAACCCCUGAUACCCCAGUCGAAGCUUGUGACGGAACCGCUACUGGCACAGCUCGCAACUGUUUGGCCAAGAGAGCUUGUUUUCUCUAGGCUUCAAAAGUUGUACGUUGGAAGGGAUAGCGGAUUUUCAAUGCGAUCCUUCCAAGCAAAGGCCUUCAAAUGGAUGGCACCAUCGAUUUUGCUUGUUCAAGGCUCAAGAAUCCCGGACGACCAAGAUUACGCAAAGAACAAAAACCAGCGUUACAAAAAGUUCCUAGAUGAGUACCCACGGUUGAAAGACGAAGACCAACAUAUUCUUCCAGCUUUAUCUGGUAAGAGAAAGCUUCUAUUUGCAAUAUUAAUUAAUGAGCCAUGGAAGGUCACAAAUUCAGAGCUUUUCGGUGACAUCAAAACUACAAUAGUGCAGCUAUCGCCAAUUCAAGAGGUUUACAAAGCCAGUAAACCUGGAAAUGUGUACUUCAAUACCUUGGGUGGCGGAAUAGGGAUAGGCAGCCCUCAACCUAUCAUAAAGUCUAGUGGUGUCAAAUUUGUGCCAGGAAAUGUCUCGCUUACAAUCGAUCCCAACUUGGAAUUCGCAGCGUUCAGAAACGUUGGUUUUGGCGGAAGCAUAGCUCCUUCUAAUACUCCUACCAGUGAGCAUAAGUUUUUGAUACAGGAUAUUGAAACAUGGGGCUGCGGAGGCGAAAAGGAGUUAGAAGAGCAAAUGAAGAAUUGGGAAUGGGAAGAGGCUGAGGCCCAGCGCCGGCAACGCAUAAACCUAAAAAGCGUAAACGAUGACAGGGCACUUUUGGAACUUGCUGGUUUGGUCGGGCAGAACCAAAGCGGUGGUUCUGUUUAA